AUGCCCUGUUCCUGUCUCUCCCGCAGCACCCAGAAGCGCGUCGUCCGGUGCCUCAAUUACUCCCUCGUCCUGCUCCUCAUCCUAGCCGCCGCCGGAGGCAUCCUGGCCCUAAUCCUCGCCUUCGCCCCCGUCCACCAAAUCGAGGUCACCGUCGAGGACGCCCGCCUCAACACCUUCUCCCUCGCCGCCCCAAAUGACUCCUCGUCCUCGUCCCUCUUCUUCUCCUACAACAUCGCGGCCGCCGUGGCCGUCCGCAACCCCAACUGGGCCAUGACCAUCCAGCACACGGAGCCCCUGGUGGCCUCCGUCGUCUUCCACGGCCGCCGCCUCCACGACGCCGCUGUCGUCGCGGGGGCAGGGAGCAAGCACCGGCCGCGCGAGACGAGGCUGCACCGGAUCAUGGCAGCCAGGGAGCGGGUCUCCGCGGCGAUCCUCCUUGGCGACGCCGCGGCCGAGGAGUUCAGGAAGGAGAACGCCACGGGGGUGUUCGACCUGGAGGUGCUCUUUUCUGGAGAGAUCAAGUACUUGGGCUUCGCCGGCGUGUUCGCUGAUAAGAAGGAUAAGCUGGGGUUCACGUGCCCGCUCAGCCUUCAGCUCGCGCCGCCUGGGGAUGAGGUCGUCGUGUUCCGGGAGGUCGGCUGCAGGCCUGACAAGCGCGAGAGGAUCUAUUACUGA